AUGAGUUAUAAAUUAUCGAGAGAGUUGAUAGGACACACGCAGGAUGUGAAAUGCGUACACUUUAUAAACAGCAAUACACUAUUAUCUGGCGCUAGAGAUAACAGCGCUAUUCUAUGGCGGAAUGUGGAUAAUAACUGGGCAGUUGCAGCCCGAGUGCACACACACGACAACUACGUCAACAGCGUUGGCUAUUUGGCUGAUAAUGAUGCACCAGCAUACACUUUAUUGGGUCACAGCGGAAACGUCUGCUCUAUUGACACCUCCUCUGAUGGUCUGAUAGCUACCGGUAGCUGGGAUACAACUGCGAGGAUUUGGAAAGACGGCGUUGAACUGUCCUGCCUUUCUGGACACACUCAGGCAGUCUGGUCUGUCAAGUUCACCCCCGAUAACAAACACGUCAUAACUGCUUCAGCUGACAAGAAUAUCGCUAUCUGGGAUGUAAAAUCUGGCGCAGCUGUCAAAACCAUCCAGGGUGCUCAUAAGGAUGCUAUCCGUGCGCUGACGAUUCUCCCUAAUGGUAUUGGCUUCGCAUCAGCGUCAAACGACCUUCAAAUUAAGCUUUGGACGUUUGAUGGUGAGAAUAUCAUGAAUUUAGAUGGCCAUACCGAGUUUAUCUACUCUUUGGCUACUCUCCCAACUGGUCAGAUUGUUUCUGCAGGCGAAGAUCGCUCAGUCAGGAUUUGGCAAGAUGGUGAAUGUGUACAGACUAUCAUCCACCCUACGACAUCUGUCUGGGCUGUAGCUACCUCCGAAAAUGGUGACAUUGCGAGUGCAUCGAGCGAUGGUACAAUACGUAUAUGGUCACAAGAUCCUGCUAGAUUUGCAGAUCAAGAUGCUUUAAAGGCAUAUGAGAACGUUAUCGCAGGAUCAACGAUAAGCUCUCGAUCCUCAAAUGGCAUAAACCCAAAAGACGUCAAGUCUCCCGAAGUUUUACAACAGGCAGGCCAACGUGAUGGUCAAGUAAUCCUCGUCAAAGAUGCACAAAUAGUCUCAGCUUACUCUUGGUCAGUUGGAGAAUCCCAGUGGAAGAAAAUCGGCGAAGUUGUGGAUGCAGCUGGCGGUGUCGACCCAUCCAAGCGAGUGAAGCACAGCGACGGAAAAGAAUAUGAUUAUGUGUUUGAUGUCGACAUAGAAGAUGGAAAACCUCCUCUCAAGCUUCCUUAUAACGUUAGCGAAAAUCCCUACAUCGCAGCACAAAGAUUCCUUGAAAAAAACAUGCUUCCACUUACUUACCUAGACGAAACUGUUAAGUUUAUAGAGUCAAAUACCUCUGGCGUGGAACUUGGUCAGGGUUCGUCAGAAUUUGUCGACCCAUACACUGGUGAGUGUAACUCUUUCUGA